AAGUGCCCCUAAACAGGCAGGAGUGAGCGGAGCGGCAACGGCGGCGGCGCCGGCCCGCACGCGCGCGGCGGCGGCUCCCUCCCAGCCUCCCCCUCCCCUCCCCUCACUCCCCUUCCCCUUUCCCACCCCGCCCCGCCGGGAAAACGCGAGCCGUCGCCGCGCUCCUCAGACCGCCGCCUGCCCUCGGCCAACCACCCUGAGCGGCCGCCCGCGCGCGGCUCCCGGGCCCCCUCGCUCCGCCCCUCAGGCCCCUCCGAACGCUGGGGCUGCUUUCCUCCCCGCCGCUUCGCACUCUCCACCUCGCAGGCACGCCGGUGGGCUGUGCCGCCAUGCCCCAGCCACAGGCUACUCACGGGCCUAGGCGCGGCGGCCCGAGAUAGGGUCCCCUGGGCCUCCCGGGGGAGGAGAGAGGCAGCGAGCCGCGUGCUCCGCCCCCUCCCCCCGGGCUGUCGCCGCCGCCACCGCCACCGCCACCUCGCCGCCUCAGCCUGGCGGGGAGGAGGAGAAGGAGCAGCAGGCCUCCGGGCCCCGGUACCGCCGCCCGCAGGACAUUUCUGAUUCAUUUGCAUCCUUGAAGAGCAUCUGUAGAAGAGAAAGGAAAACAUGGGUGUGAAAACAUUUACUCAUAGCUCCUCUUCCCACAGCCAGGAAAUGCUUGGAAAGUUAAAUAUGCUGCGAAAUGAUGGACAUUUUUGUGAUAUCACUAUUCGUGUCCAGGACAAAAUCUUCCGGGCACAUAAAGUGGUACUAGCAGCUUGCAGUGAUUUCUUUCGUACCAAACUUGUAGGCCAAGCAGAGGAUGAGAACAAGAAUGUACUGGAUCUGCAUCAUGUUACAGUGACUGGCUUUCUACCCCUUUUAGAGUAUGCUUACACAGCCACUCUUUCAAUUAACACAGAAAAUAUUAUUGAUGUUCUAGCUGCAGCCAGCUAUAUGCAAAUGUUUAGUGUUGCCAGUACCUGCUCAGAGUUCAUGAAAUCAAGCAUUUUAUGGAAUACACCCAACAGUCAACCAGAAAAGGGACUGGAUGCUGCACAAGAAAAUAAUUCUAACUGCAAUUUUACUUCUCGAGAUGGAAGCAUUUCUCCAGUGUCUUCAGAGUGCAGUGUGGUAGAAAGAACCAUUCCUGUCUGCCGAGAAUCCCGGAGAAAGCGCAAAAGCUACAUUGUUAUGUCUCCUGAAAGCCCUGUAAAGUGUAGCACACAAACAAGUUCACCCCAGGUAUUGAAUUCUUCAGCUUCCUACUCAGAAAAUAGAAAUCAACCAGUUGACUCUUCUUUAGCUUUUCCCUGGACUUUUCCUUUUGGAAUUGAUCGAAGGAUUCAGCCUGAGAAGGUUAAACAGGCAGAAAAUACCCGGACUUUGGAAUUGCCAGGCCCAUCUGAGACAGGUAGAAGAAUGGCUGAUUAUGUGACUUGUGAGAGCACAAAAACUACCUUGCCUCUGGGUACUGAAGAUGAUGUCCAGGUCAAAGUAGAAAGGUUAAGUGAUGAGGAAGUCCAUGAGGAAGUGUCCCAGCCUGUCAGUGCAUCUCAGAGUUCCCUGAGUGAUCAGCAGACAGUGCCAGGAAGUGAACAAGUCCAAGAAGACCUUCUGAUUAGUCCACAGUCUUCCUCUAUAGGAUCGGUAGAUGAAGGUGUCACUGAGGGGUUACCUACGCUUCAGAGUGCUGCUAGCACUAAUGCCCAUGCGGAAGAUGAUGAUCGACUGGAAAAUGUUCAGUAUCCCUACCAACUCUACAUUGCUCCUUCUACCAGCAGUACAGAACGACCAAGCCCAAAUGGUCCAGACAGACCGUUUCAAUGUCCAACCUGUGGGGUACGAUUCACCCGUAUUCAGAACCUAAAACAGCACAUGCUCAUCCACUCAGGAAUUAAACCAUUUCAGUGUGACCGCUGUGGGAAAAAGUUCACCAGGGCUUACUCGCUAAAGAUGCAUCGCCUAAAGCAUGAAGGUAAACGCUGUUUCCGGUGCCAGAUAUGUAGUGCUACUUUCACUUCCUUCGGGGAAUAUAAACACCACAUGAGGGUUUCCCGGCACAUUAUCCGCAAGCCUCGGAUUUACGAGUGCAAAACAUGUGGCGCCAUGUUCACCAACUCUGGAAAUUUAAUCGUGCACCUGAGGAGUCUGAACCAUGAAGCAUCAGAGCUAGCAAACUACUUCCAGAGCAGUGAUUUCCUAGUACCGGACUACUUAAACCAGGAGCAAGAAGAGACCCUUGUUCAGUAUGAUCUUGGAGAACAUGGUUUUGAAAGCAACUCCUCUGUUCAAAUGCCUGUAAUUUCACAGGUCUCCUCGACCCAGAAUUGCGAAAGCACUUUUCCCCUGGGGUCUCUUGGUGGGCUAGCAGAAAAGGAGGAAGAAGUGCCAGAGCAGCCAAAGACCAGUGCUUGUGUUGAGACAACCAGAGAUGACCCCCCAAAAUCAGAGCUGUCUUCUAUAACUAUUGAGUAAUUUUGCGGUUUUGCUUCAUUUUUGGUUUUUGGAAAGUGCCUGUGCUUGGUCUUGUACAUUUAAAUUUAAUUUAAAUUUUUUAAACAAAAAAAAGGAUUUGGGAAAGAAUUUCCCUUUUUACUUUGUAAGCCCUGCAACUGAUGUUUUAUUUUUCAUAACUGAGAGAUUGCUUCUGUAAGUAAACAGUAACAUGAUGUUGAAAAAUAAUAAAAACUAUAAGGUUAAGGAGAACCAGCUGACUUAAAACAUA